AUGGAGCAUUUGCAGGCGCUGAUCGAUCCGAGCAAGCAGUUCGCGAAAGAUUCGAUCCGAUUGGUGAAACGAUGCACCAAGCCCGAUCGCAAAGCGAUUGGUUUCGCAAUAAUGGGCUUCAUCGGUUUCUUCGUCAAAUUGAUUCAUAUUCCAAUCAAUAACAUUAUUGUUGGCGGAUGA